ACAAUCUUAUCAUUCAAGUGACUGUAGCUGAUGAAAAUGCCAAAAUUUGCCAAUGUCCGGACGCUAAAACAUUUGUAGAAGGAAACACUCUACCCACUUGCCCCACAUGCGGCAAGAAUUACCCGGCAGUUGUUCGCUAUGAUGCUCUAGACAGUUGGUGCCACGGAGAAAGCUUCACAGUCUGCAACUGCCUGGACAACGACAACAAUUACAGUCCUUUACCCCCAGACGAGAUUGUAGAGAGAGCUAAGUCUUUACUUGGACCCAUUGCAUACGAUGUAUUUCAGUACAACUGUGAGCACUUUGCGCUGUGGUGUCGGUAUGGUGUUGCAGCUAGCUUCCAG